AUGAUUCCCUCGCGGAGUUCCUCCUCGAGUACCCUCCUGCCUACUUCGCGGGAUUCGGACACGGCAUCUAUUCGCCCACGCAACCGCCGCCUUCUGAGCACACAAGACGGUGCGGGGUCUCCUUCGGCCUUCUCGAGCCCCAGCCGAACUCCAAGCCGGGGCGCCUCGCCCAUACCGCCGGCACAUAUUGGCUCCGUGACGGGGAGGAACAAUGCUAGGGCGGACGUUGUGCACGGCACAGCCCGAGGAAAGAGUCCGGGUGCUGGCCGUGGGCUUCUCGACGGAUCGUGGACCUCAAGCUGGGCCUCCGUCCAGGAAUUGGCAUCGUCGCUACUCACAGGCGGGGGACCGGGCGUUGGCGGCGAAUCACACCGCCCACGCAGUAGGGAUGGGAGCAGGACGAGGAAGCCGACCAGGCAAUCUAGCUACCGGGCGGAAAACAGGAACGAGACCUGGGGCCCGCAACCGCCAAACGAGGGAAGGCCGAGCCACAACGACAUUGCUGCUGGAUCACGCGCAGAGAGGGAGGCCACCUUGAAAGCUUUGCGCACAGCAAGUGUGCUCGAAAGUCACGAGGGUGUCAACGGAGGAUUGGACGUCGCAAAAAGAUUCAAGAAACGGAACUCUGAUGAGGACCUGAGGGACACCUCGCAGAAUGAGGAGACGGAAGAGUACUUGGCCUACAUUCACCACGUACAGGCCACAGACACAUAUGCAGGUAUUGUGCUGAAGUACAGGUGCCGGGAGGAUGCCUUUCGGAAGGCCAACGGGCUAUGGUCGCGGGAUAAUAUCCAGGUGCGGAAGUGGUUGGCAAUGCCGGUGGAUGCAUGUGAGGUGAAGGGCCGACCUUGCGAUCCCCCUACCAACCCAUCAUCACGAGUCGACCUCCUAUCCCGAACUCCAGAUGGAACCGACCCCUUCGGCCGAGACGAUCAACAAAAACGCGACUUUUUCUCGAACCCCCCAAAUGGACAGUCCUCGGACCAGAACCAGGCCAUCGACGAAGACAAGCCAUGGACCCCCGUAAGGUGGGUGUCCAUAGACUCGCACCCACACCCGAUCGAGGUUGCGCGGGUUCCCCGAAAAGCAUUCGGGUAUUUCCCCCCGCGCAGGAAGAAAAGCGUACAUUCGAUCUCAACGCUCUCCACCCCGCGAGCCUCCGUGGACCUCCCCAACACCACAGCCCCCGAAUCCGCCGUCGAGAGCCCCGCAAGCAGCUCCUCCCGCCGACCCAGCCUCCUCACGUCCCGACGCCCGUCCAGCACCAUGACCUCCUCCCCGGCCAACCGGCGCCGCAUCAACAGCACCGGCAGCGGCACCAGCGCCGACGAUCCCCGCCCCGCCUGGAUGCGCCGACCCGGCGGCGUCGGCUCCCUCGGGCGGAACGUGCGGGCGCCCGGACCGGAGCGCGACUACUUCAACACGUGGACCAACAAGCACCUGCCGGGGCUCAACAUCGACUCGCUCCCAUCCAUGUCGGUCAUGGGGUCAGAGAUCGCCCGCUUCGGCUUCAACCGCACGGCCGAGAACCCCUCGGUCGCCAUCGCCGAGAGCCCCUUCGAGGACGGCCGCGACACCGCCUCGCCCACCCACCCGCAGCACCAACAGCAGCAGGGCACGGGCCUGGACAAGGCCGCCGCCGCCGUCGAGACCUGGCUGCGCGGCGCCUUUGAGCGCGCCAGGCAGGGCCCCCUCACCCCCGUCCUCGGCCCCAGGGGCAGGACGACGGCGGGCGGCGCCGCGAUGCCCGAAGUCGGUGGCGGCGGUGAUCUGAUCGAGCUGGCGGAUACGGGGAGCGACGAUGGGAGGCAUGAUGGCGCGCCGUGGGAUGUGGGCGGGCUGUUGAGCUCGCUGCCUGGUCAGGGGUCGGGCAUGGCGGUGCAGGCGUUAUUAACGACCGACCUCGUCGCACCCCGACCGAACAUCCCGCGAAAUGCCACGACCGCCACAAUGCCGAUUUGUAUAGAGUGUCGACACCCCGUCAAGACCCUCUGGCGCGAGGGCGGCGGCGACAAGUCGGGCGGGCACAAUAUCCGCCUGACAGUAUGCAAGAACUGCGGGCGUUUCUGCGACAAAUACGUCGAGCACGACUUCGUGGUGUUGUUUAUCGAUCUAGUCUUGAUCAAGCCACAGGUAUAUAGGCAUUUGCUACAUAACACAUUGAUGAAAGAGGAGGACAAGUUUGCGCCCUCCAUCAUCCGCCUCGGCAUCCUCCUCCUGCUCUUCGACGUCUAUCUCACCUGGGCGCGUAUCGAGCGGCAAUCCGCCCCAGCCGACCCCCCCGACGCGACCGACAAUGGCAACAGCUUUGGCCGGCUCGCCCAGCAACCCAUAGUCUUCCAAUACAUGUUCUUCCUAAUCCUCUGCACCCUCUCCACCAUCGCCUUCCACGCAUCGAUCCGCUUCCUCACCUCCUCACGCUACUCACCGCUGGCCGCGCUGGGCGUGCUACCACGGUAUUCACGACCCAACUCGGUAUCAACAGCGCUGCUAGUAUCAUCAUCAACAAAGCUGUUCCCGAUCCUGAUGGUGAUCUGGGAGUACGACGUGCCGGCGGCGGCGCGGUCGCUCGGGUGGGCGGUGGUGGCCAACAACGUGGAGGCGCUCAAGAUCCUGCUGGACUGCGGGUACGGCGUGGCGGCGCUGCUGGCCAUGGCCGGCGCCGUCAGCCGCUGGGCCAUGGGCCGCGCCGUGCUGUGGGCGGCCGGGCUCGAGGGCGUCGACUCGGCGGGCGAGUCGGGCGUCGCCGAGGACGGGCGCGCCUUUGUGGCGAUGUUGAUGUACGCGCGGGAAUGGGCGGGGAGGCUGGCUGUUGGUUAG